AAGUAACAUCUCGUUGAGCACGAGUUAUCAUUUGGAGCACGCCGUUCAUCAAAUACUGCUGUAUGGUGUAUGCACAUAAAUGUCAUGUGAAACAGAAAUUAGGAACAAGAUGCUAUCGCCUUGGUUGUUGCUUUAUAUGGUAUUGAUAUAUGGAUGCCCUGUGGUAAUGUCCAAAUAUGGCUACAAUACAACAAAGCAUAAAGAAAACAACAUUGAGAAGAUAACAAAGGCAAGAACAGGUGAUAAAAGAUUUUUGAAAAUUCCUGGUCAGAAAUUAUUACGACAAGAGGCAGCGGUUGGAAGACAAAAUGAAACAGAAAAUCAGUCGAAUAAUAAACUAAAAAACCUAGAACUUAUCACGAAAAAGUAUAUACAAAAUCCCAUGAACAAACUACCUAAAAAACACGUCACAAGACCGGCGUUAGACGCAUCGCAACAGCACCGACGUCGGAGAAUUCGACGUCAACAAGACUUGCACAUGGAUUCAUAUGGAGAAAUUCGAAAUAUCAGCACCCUACUAGAACCCCUUAUACAUGAAAUUAUCAAAGCUGAGAAAAACCAAACUUUAUUUAAUUCCACGAAAUUUGAACAUAUGAAAUCGAUGUUAGAUAACUACAUGAAAACCCUAACCACCCAAGCACCUGCGCUAGACAAAAUAACAUUCUCUACAACUCCGAAACCACGUUUGACCACGCCUGAACCCUGGUUUUAUCACUCAACAGACAGCAAUGGGUACAUCGUUCUUGGUGGAGGCGAAGAUGACGAAGGCGGUGACGACACCGAUAACCCAGAAUACAGCGGUAACCUAAGCGGAAGCGGUGACACCAACCACACUGGUAAACAAGCUGUUAGCAUCCAUCCAUCUUCGCCCGCUGUAGUAGAUAAAACGCUCGAAGAGGAAAUGGGAUUUGUUGUUGUAGCAGAGAGUUCAGCCAAUGAUAAACAGAGUGCAAGAAAUUCAACCAAUAAAAACCGACCGACCACAAAGGCUUUAACUACAAAGGGACAUAUCUCCCCAAUCCCUCCAAUAAAAGAAGCAUUUCUUGACAUAAAUUAUUACGGACCUUGUUUAUUUUGCAAGAUAAAAGAAACAUCAAAAACAAGAAGAAAAAAAAGAAAAACAUUUCGACAAAGUUUAGAGAACUUCGAUUUUGUUCUGCUGGCCCAAAAACAUCCUUCUGGUAUAUAUUCAGCUGUUCUGUCAUUACGAAGUGAAAAUAUUUUGUUCCCUUCACAUAACUACAUUAAAAUUCAUGUACCGCUUACAUGCGGCUGCUUUGCAAGUGCGGGAAACACCAGAUACAUUUUGGCGGGAAAUAAAAUGCAGGACAAACUCGUGUUGAAUAAUCACAUUCCACUGUAUGACAUAACGGAUUACAAACAAGUUCAGCAGAUUCAUGAUGCUAUGGUAUGAUAUUUAACGCGGGAAAACUCGUUUUGUAAAUGAUCGUCAUACUUGAAGUAAAAAUAAUUGUAUUAAAACGAAAUUUCCGUAGCUUCGUGGAAAAAUAAUUGAGAACUUCGUGAAAAAAUAAUGGAAAAUCUCAAAAGACAAAAAAGCGAGAAAAACGGAAGACAUCAUGAAUUUUGGAAAAGACGUAAUAAACAUUGCUUAUAGUUGACUGCGCAUGCGUGCUAUUCACGCCUUACUAAUUCUGGCACAAGCUCUAACUAUAGAUGCUUUUGUACAUAGAGAGAAAAAAAAAAGAAAGACUGGAAUUUCUGACAGUUUGAAUAAAAAUGUUAGAAGCUAUAACUUGAAAGUACUAUCGUUUUAUGAUAAUAGAGAUUAUGAAAAUGAAAAUAUAUCGUUAACCUCGUUAUGAGGAAGAUAAAUUAUUAGAAUCGAGGCCAGAUAAUGUUGUAAAAUAUAACAUGAUGUAUAUUGAGAUUAAAAUAAAUGUAUAU